CAUAUACGAUAUACGAUUAGAUCAGCACCUAAACAGUAUCAAAUCUAUCAAACUUUCAAACAAACGGCCUCCUAAAACACUAUCAAACUAAACAACUCAAAUACAAUCUUAAGUUUUGUACAAACAAAUCAAAUCAGCGUCCAAAGUUUGUUUGAUUUGCUUAAUGACAAGUCUGAUGCUCGCGCUCCCACUCCAGAGCGAAGUCUUAGUAUGGAGAGAGAAUGAUGGCUGGAAUGGCCCGUACAAGGUCGCAAGUAUAGACGGCCACAACGUCACUGUCGAUAUGGUCAAUGGUCCAACAACAUUCAGAUCCACUGUCGUCAAGCCAUACUACAGACCGGACCACCUUUGGAGCGACCCCGAUGCGCCACACGCGCCACACGCGCCGAAUGAGCCGCAUGAGCCGGUAGCAGUACCACCGGCAGUACAACCACGCAGGAGAGGCCGCCCUCCAGGAUCAAAGAACAAGCGGAAGGGGCACGCAUACAUCACCAAGAAGGAGCAGGACGAUCUUGAGCUAGCUAUUAAGCUACGCAACGAUGGAGUAAUCACAACCUCAGGCGCACCCUUUGAAGCGUCUGAUGACCAAGAGAUUAGCGACCUUGUAGGCCGUGGAGUCUUCAAGUUUGAGCAGUACGACGAGAGGCUACACAGCAAGAUCCGGAUCUUCAAGUCACGCCUGGUACGUGAGGUCAAGGGAAAGACAACCAAGCCCUAUGAGAAAUCCCGCCUAGUUAUCCAAGGCUACCAGGACCACGGCAAGGAGACUAUUCUGACGCAAUCUCCAACCAUCCAGCGAUGUAGCCAGCGCCUGAUUAUGUCGCUGGCGCCCGAGAUGGUACAACGCGGAAUGAACAUCGAGCUCCGUGACAUUACGCAGGCGUAUCCCCAGGCGCAGACAACCCUAAAGAGGACGAUACUCGCACAUCUUCCUACUGAGCUAGUCCAUCGAUAUCCAGAAGGCACGCUACUCCAUGUGAUCAAGCCGCUGUAUGGAAUCGCGGAGGCAGGAGUCCACUGGUGGACAACGUAUCACGGACACCAUUGCAAGGAACUGGACAUGGCAACAUCGACGUACGACCCAUGCCUAUUGAUCACGAACAGCGACGACGCAGGCAUCUUUGGUAUUGUUGGCAUGCAGACAGACGACACUCUCAUGCUCGGGACACCAGCGUUCUCGUCACGUGAAGAGAAGAAGAUCCAGAAGGCAGAGUUCAGGUCAAAGCCAAAAGCAAGGUUGACACCAGAAGUGCAGUUAGACUUCAAUGGAUGUACACUCACGAUGGACGCUAGCAGAGUCAUGAUCCUUAGGCAGAAAGGACAAGGAGGAAGGAUCAGGCUUGUGGAUAUCAGGGCACCCGACCGCGCGCAACAGUACACCGAGCAGCGCGCCCGCGGAGCGUACAUCGCAUCAACAUGCCAACCAGAGGCGUCAUUUGACCUGUCCGUCGCUGCUCAAGCUCAGCAACCAUCAGAUGAGGACAUCAAGGCACUCAACAAACGCCUGAAAGGGCAGAUGGAGAAUCUCGAUCGUGGCCUGCGCUAC